CCCAAUUUAUUUUCUCAAGAACCCACCUUUUCCUGAUUUUUCUUGUAAUUGGACUGUAGUUUUAGUGGUGGAGUUUUUUUUUUCUUUUUAAUUUGAUCUAGGUAUGGUUUUAAGCUGAUUUUUAUGUGUCAUUCUCUAUCUGCUUUUUUUCAGAAGUGUUUCAGAAAGUUCUGCUAUUUCUGAGCCUCUUUCCCCUCUCUUCAAGAAAUACUCUUUAGACCAAUAUAUCUUUUAUUUGUUUUCUUGAAAGCUCUACCAAAGUGGACUAGAACUGAUUGCAGAUGAUGUAUCCUUGUUGAAAUUCAGUUUCCUUGGGGAGAGCAAGGUGUUUGAAUCUACAAGGAGCUGAAAACGCUUUAAAGAUUUAAACUUUGCCAUUAUUUUAUUGGGAUGCAGUUUUCUUGAGGAGAUUUAGCUGUUUGAAUCUACAAGGGGCUGAAAAUGGUGUAAAGAUUUAAACUUUGCGAUUGUUUUUAUUUAAAUGCAGUUUUUUAUUUCUUGAGGAGAUUUAAGCUGUUUUGAAUCUACAAGGAGCUGAAAAUGAAUCCCAGCUUGAAAAAAUCGAGGGAAUCGGUAGAUUCAUUGAAUGAGUCAACAGCAUCACCAUUCCCAGAUGAGGUGUUGGAGAAGGUGCUGUCACUUGUGCGGUCUCACAAGGACAGAAACUCAGCUUCAUUGGUUUGCAAAGAUUGGUACAAUGCAGAGCGUUGGACAAGGACUAAGUUGUUCAUUGGGAAUUGCUAUUCGGUCUCUCCUGAUAUUGUAGCAAGAAGAUUUCCCAAGAUUAAGAGCGUUACCCUUAAAGGGAAGCCAAGAUUUUCUGACUUUAAUUUGGUCCCAGAGAAUUGGGGUGCUGAUAUUCAGGCUUGGCUUGAUGUUUUUUCCAAAGUUUACCCCUUUCUCGAGGAGUUGAGGUUGAAGAGGAUGACUGUUAGUGAUGAGAGUUUGGAGUUUUUGGCUAAAUCCUUUCAUGGAUUUAAGACUCUCUCUUUGUUGAGUUGUGAUGGGUUUAGCACUGAUGGGAUCAAAUCCAUUGCUACUCACUGCAAGAGGUUGACAGAGCUGGACAUUCAGGAGAAUGGCAUGGAUGAUAUUGCUGGUAGUUGGCUAAGUUGUUUCCCGGAUGACUUUGCGUCACUGGAGGUGUUAAACUUUGCCAGUCUGAACAGUGAGAUCAGUUUCGAUGCCCUAGAGAGACUUGUCAGUAGGUGCAAAUCACUGAGGGUUCUGAAGGUGAAUAAGAACAUUAACUUGGAUCAAUUGCAACGCCUGCUUGUCCGGGCUCCUCAGUUGAUGGAGCUCGGUACAGGAUCCUUUCAUCAAGAACUCACGAGUCGGCAGUACGCACAAGUUGAAAGUGCAUUCAGCAACUGCAAACAUCUGCACACUCUCUCGGGUUUAUGGGAAGCGACUUCUCUAUAUUUACCAGUUCUUUAUGCAGCCUGUGCUAGUCUGACUUUCCUCAACUUGAGCUAUGCAACCAUUGGGAGUGGUGAAUUAUCGAAGCUUCUUGCUCAUUGCCCAAAUUUAAGACGCCUUUGGGUCCUUGACACUGUCGAAGAUAAGGGAUUAGAGGCUGUUGGAACCAGCUGCCCCUUGCUCGAAGAACUGCGAGUCUUUCCUGCUGACCCUUUUGACCAGGAUAUAGUCCAUGGGGUGACGGAGUCGGGCUUUGUGGCUGUGUCUGCCGGUUGUCCUAAGCUUCAAUAUGUUCUCUAUUUUUGCCGGCAAAUGACUAAUGCUGCUGUU